GUUGAAUCCAAGAGCAUAAUUUGAAAAAUGGAAGCAAAUGCAUGUUCACAAAAAAUAAAUAAAUAAAUAAAAUGAUGUAAUGCUUCAGGAAAUGUGAUGUGGGUGUACCAUAUAAAACAGGGGUGUACCUAUUCCUGGAAGGUGUCUAGUGAGAAAGUAAAGGCGGGGUCUGUGGUUCUGUGGUUCUGUGGACGGCAGCACUGUUCAUCUGCUUUAGUCUUCUUCACAUCACAACUCAUGAGCAGGAACGCAGGGGUGGAUGUACUUAACUAUCCAUUUUAUUUUGUACUUUUCUUUUGACAUCUCAAAACUUUUUUACCAUUUUGUCUUGAAUAUAGGCUAUAAUAAUGAAAUAAGAUAAAAGUAUGUGUUUUAAUAUAGAGUGCGAAUCUCUGGCAUUAUGGCAGAUCAAAUGUUGGUGUUCUUUCACCUGCAAGAGAUGAAUUCAUUUGGGUAGAUAUAUUUCUAAUUAGCGAAGGACAGUGAGAAGCCAUCCGAAACAACAAGCAAACAUGGAGACAUUUACAAUUCACGAUAUGCUCAUCAAUUCCACUGAUAUUUAUAAAAUAUUAUGUGGACUGGGAAUCGGGAAUUUGUCGGAGUGCAAAAAUGACAAUAACGCCACGUCCGAACCAAAAGACAUGAACCAGACGGUGCGGAUCGUGCUGUAUGUGCUCAUCUUCCUCCUGAGCUUCAUAGGAAACAGCCUCAUCAUCACGGUUCUGGUGCGGAACCGGCGCAUGCGGACGGUCACGAACCUGUUCCUGCUGUCUCUGGCCGUCAGUGAUCUGAUGCUGUGUGUCUUCUGCAUGCCCUUCACACUCAUCCCAAACCUCAUGAAGAACUUCAUCUUCGGCACCGGCAUGUGUAAAGUGGCCACGUACUUCAUGGGUAUCUCGGUGAGUGUAUCUACAUUCAACCUCGUGGCCAUCUCUCUGGAGCGCUACAGUGCCAUCUGCAACCCCUUUAAGUCCCGCACAUGGCAGACAAAGUCUCAUGCCGCAAAAGUCAUCACAGCCACUUGGGUCGUGUCUUUUCUGCUCAUGCUGCCUUAUCCGAUAGGCAGCACCCUGGUCCCUUUCAUGCGCAGUAACAACAGCACAGGCAACAUGUGCCGCUUGGUUUGGCCCAGUGAUGUCAUGCAGACCUGGUAUGUUUUCCUGUUGCUGAUACUCUUUCUCGUGCCUGGGAUCAUAAUGAUGACGGCUUAUGGCCUCACCUCACUUGAACUCUACAAGGGGAUCAAAUUUGAAAUGGCUAACAGGAAGUCAAACAAAGAGAAAGAAUAUGGCACAUCCAAUCUGAAAAAUGGUGACAGCGAUGGCUGCUACCUCCAACCCUCCAAGAGAAAACGUCCCGAACCCGUGACGCCGGGCUUCAGAAACCCAAAAUCCAAACUGAGAAGGGUUUGCAGCAACAGCCCUACAGCAAACCUCAUGGCCAAGAAACGGGUCAUCCGCAUGCUGCUGGUGAUCGUGGGGCUGUUCUUCCUCUGCUGGACGCCGAUCUUCGUGGUUAACGCCUGGAGAGCCUUUGACAGACGUUCAACCGAUCGUCUCCUCUCAGGAGCGCCGAUAUCCUUCAUCCACUUGCUGUCCUACACCUCGGCCUGCGUCAACCCCAUAGUCUACUGUUUUAUGAACAAACGCUUCAGACAGGGCGUGCUGGCGACGUUCAGCUGCUGUAGGGGUGAUGUGGAUGAAGUGAGCAGGAGCAGCACCCGGCGUAGCGCCAGAGGAGCUGGAGGGCUGGGAACGCUGUUUGGAGGGAGCGGUGGGAGCGGACAGGCGGACGGUAACACACAAAGCUCAGGAACACUCACAAGGCUUACUGACACCAGUAUCCGUGGCUCAGCACAAGCAUAACUGACGCUCAUUUAAUCCUGACAUCAGUAUAGGAACCCAGCAACAAGUAAAGUGUAUAGAACAGUGUCAAAAUCCUUCAAAGCUUUGCAGUGUUUAGUAAAAUGGCUGCUAACGGAAAAGAGAAAGACUCGUACUGGUGAUAAAUGAAAGCGCAAGCAUGCAGACAAUGACUGCCAAUAGCACUGAAAUGCUGAUAGAAUCCAGUGCUUAAUUUUAGUACGUCACUGUUAAAUAAACAGCAGCACCAAAUGGAGCAAGACUGUGGCCUCCAGUCCUCGUUACAGCUAUGACUUACAAACUUACUGAGACUUUAUAAGCCAUAAAUAAGUUUUGCCCUUUUGGCUCUCUAAUUUUCUGGCUCACCUAGAAGAGAGAGAGGAGAGGGAAGCAUUUGAUUUUCUUGGUAUUUUAUUUUUGUGUGUGUCACUGCCAAAGCAAUCGUCCAGAUGUUUUGAGAACAUUCUAAUAUUGCUUUGACUACACUACCAUUCAAAAGACUGGUUGUUGAGGUUGAGAAGAUUUUUUUCAUGUUUUUUAAGAAAGAAGCCUCUUAUGCUCACCAAGGCUGCAUUUAUUUAAUCAAAAGGCUGCAUU